UCCCUGGAGCCGCCAUAGCGGAGAAGACGAAAAUUUUUGUGUGUGCUGCAGAAAAAGGAAGAAUUUAUUGCAAAUAUUAAUGGUUAAAGUGAGUGGAAAAGUGUGAAAAAUGGAGGAAGAGUGCGAUAAAGUGCUGCACAAGGUGUUGCAGCAGGAGGAGAUUGACCAAAUUCCCCUGGAGACGCGCAAGAAGUUGGAGGAGUUCUAUGAGCAGCGUCUCAGUGAAUUUUAUACGGCUAAAGCCCUUCAAUUGAAUAUUGAAAACAUCCGCCAAGAUUUGGAGACGAAAAAUGGCGAUUUCCAAGCGAAAUUGCAAGACAGCGAGGCCAAACUUCAGUCCUACGAGGAACUGAUCAAGGAAUUGAGACAGCAGCUCGAUACCACACGCAAUGAAGUGCUGAAGCUGCAGGACACCGUGGCCAAGUAUGAGACGGAAGUAUAUGACUGCAGGAGGGAGAAGAAUGCCGCUGUGGACGAGCGGGAUUCCCUUCUGAAGAUGGUGGAGCGCCGAAAUGGGGAAGUUGAACGCCAGAAGUCUGAUAUCUCUGCCCUCGAGAAUCAACUCCAGGCGGCAAUUGCUGCCAAAUGCGAAGUUCUGGCCAAGAUGGAUGACAUCGAGAGCAAGGAGGCAAGCUUGAACUUCAAGGAGAAGCGUAUGGAUCAGGAGAAGGAAAUGCUGAAUAAUCAGAUUGUGACCCUGAGGGAGGAUUUGAAUAGGAAUAUUGCCGAAAUGCAGACCAUUCGCCGUGACAAUACCGUGAACAAUAUCAAGUUGGAAACAAAGUUGACAGAGAAGACUGAAGAAUUGAAGAUUUCGCAGAAUACCGUGGCACAUCUCGAAGAGGCAAAUGCAUCGUUGAUGACAAAAUUGGAGGAAUUGAAUACGAAACUGAAGCAGAAUCAUGAGGAGAGUGAUAAGAUGAUUAUGUCGUAUCAGAAGGAAUUGUCAACUAAAAUGAACCUCGUUGAUGUCCUUAAGGCUUCGAUCAAUGAGAAUCAGGAUCAGAUUAAGGAUUUGAGUAAUUGCAUAACAGAAUUGAAGAAACUGCUGAAUGAGGCAAGUGAGAAGAGCGGAGAGUUGGAGACUAAGCUAAAGGGUAUUGAGUUGAAGCAUGCUGAAGAGUUGGAGGAGAAGGAUUCGACCAUUCAGCAGCUCAGGCAGGAAAUUGAGCAUGCCAAUGAGCUGUUGAAGGAAGUUCAGGAGCAAAAUAUUGAACAUGCAAUGCAGCAAUUGGCACCAUCGGCGGCGGCUUCGAGUAAAUUGAUCAAAUCGGGAAUGACACUAACGGAGAUUUAUUCGUUGUACGUGAAGACAACAGAGGAGUUGCAGGUGACGAAGAAGGAGAACAACAGGCUGAAUUUGCAGAUCAGGACAAUUCUUCAGGAGUUGGAGGAGAAGGCACCAUUAAUAAGGAAGCAGAAUUUGGAGUAUCAGAAGAUAGAAGAGGCCAACGCGGAGUUGACGCAACAACUGGAUGAAUUGAUGAAGCAGAGAGUUGAAUCUGCGGAUGAAUACAAUGGAACAAUUGCAAAAUUGAGUUACAUGGAGAGGGAGAACAAGAAAUUGAAACAGAGUCAGGCUGACCUUGGAAGGCAGGUGUGCUUCCUGGUGAAGGAGAUUGAACAGAUGCGCGGUGGAUUUACGUCGGAACCAGAUCAGAGUAUUACUUCGGAUAUGUCAGCCAAUGAGGUGAUUUCGAAGAAAUUGGUGACAUUUGGAGAUAUUCAGGAAUUACAGGAAAACAACCAGAAGCUCCUCAAUGUAGUGAGGGAUUUGAGUACGAAGCUCGAGGAGAUGGAAGAGGCUGAAAACAGUAUGGACAAGGCGUCGUAUGAGGCAAAGAUUGCCAACUACUCCAAGAGACUCAAUGAAUUGCAAUCUGCUCAGGAGUAUCAGACACAGAUGAUGACGAUUUGUAUGCAACAGAGAGAUCGUUUCAAGAAACUCUAUCACGAUGUUCUCAAGAACAGCGGGAAGGCCUUCAAUCUCGAUGGAUCACUAAGUGGACAAGAUCAAAUGGAAGGAAUGGAAGAAGAAACUCCUCUGGCUUCCAAUAGCAGUGUAACGUCCAAUGAGAAUUCCCUCGUGAAGGACAAAAAGAUCACUGAACUUGAAGGGAAACUCAAGGAAUCUGCUGAACAAUUGAAGACACUAAAGGAAGAGUACGAGAACUAUCGCAAGGAACGUACGACGAAUGAGAAGAUGCUCAAUGAGCAAUUUGAAACAAUGCGCAAUGAAAUACUCUCUCUAACAUCAUCCAAUUGCAAACUAAUGUCAACUGUCGAAUUUAACAGUGAGCAAAUUAAGCUGCAACAGAAAAAUCAAGCCAUGUACAAGAAACAGAUUGAAACACUUGAAGAUCGUAACAAGAAUUACGAGAAUUCCAUCGUGAAGCACGAACAGACAAUUAUGAUUCUCAAAGAUGAGGUCAUCAAUUCCCAGACGAAAUGUUCAAGGGCUGAAGUGAUGGCGGAUAAUCUCAAGCAGGAACUGAGGAUCCUGAAAGAUUCAGAAUCUAGAUUGCAACUCGAACGGGAAGCUUUGCAUCGGGAACGUCACAGUCACAAUCUCCUGAUGAACAAUCUCGAGAUGAUCAAAGCGAGUUUCGAGAGAUCAGAGACUGAGGGAAAACUUCGUCUGGAAACGCGUCUCGAUGAAGCAACACGUGAAUGCUCGGCACUGAGGAGGCGUCUUCAGGAGGAGCAAGAUCGUUUCCGUGAACUAGUUCAAGAUCUCGAACGACAAACUGAGACAGCAAAGAAGCGAAUGAAUGAUGAGUUGUCUCAGGUUGACAAAAUCCGGGAUGAACUACGUCAGAGUCGUGAAGAUGUCAUGGCAAAGACGAAACAGAUUGAAGAUCUCAGUCACAAACUCCAAGAGAGUCUUACGCCAAAUAAAAGUGACAAUCCAAUUGCUCAAGCACAGAAACGUGUCAAGGAAAUGGAGUUCCAAAAUAGUGAAUAUCGCCUGGAGAUUGAGAGCCUGCAGAAGGAAUUGAUGACGACGAAGGAACACGUUCAGCAGUACUGCAAACUGUCGGAGAGUGCAGAGAAGGAACUCAAGGAUAUGAGUGUUGAAUAUGAGCAACUCAAAACGACCACAGCAGCAGAAAUUUCUAAGCUGAGAGAGAGUGAAUCAUCCUUAAAGACACGUGUUGAAGAGCUCGAAACAGAGAUCUCACUACAGAUCACAGGAGCGCAACUCAAUGUGGAUCAAGAUGAGUCAACACAGUUGCGAAAGACACAAACAGAACUGAGGGACGUCCUGCAGAAACUCAGUGAAGUUAAUCGAGAACUGAGGGAUGCUAGAGAUGAGUUGAGUAGCCUAAGGAAUUCUCUGCAGAGUGUUGAGGCUAAAUAUGCCAAUGAGAUGGUAUUGCAUUCAACUGAUCUGCAAGCACUGAGUUCCCUCAAGGAUGAACUCAAUAAGCUGAAGGAAACAAUGGUUGAGUUCAAGAUUCAACGCGACAGAGCCAUUGAGGAGUUGGAAUGCACGAAACGAGGUUGGGCAGAGACUGAGAAGCAUCUAAAAGCUGAUAGAGUGUCUCUCGAGGAGCGUCUGAAGGACCUCGAUGCCCAGAAUGCAGCUCUUCACGAUCAAGUUCAAGAACUGAGCACAAAGAUGACAUUUGUAGGAGUUGGUGCAACUGAUGCAUCAGACAAGGAUGAUUCAGUUGCAGAUUCAUCCUUGAUUAACCGAUCCCUCAAUGAUGAUGAGGCUAAACCCAAUUCUGGGCAGUUGUUGCAAAUUAUUAAGUAUUUGCGCAAGGAGAAAGACAUUGCGUAUGCUGAAGUUGAAGUUCUCCGAGCAGAAAAUACGCGUCUGCAGGCCGAAACGAAGAUUGUACAGAAGAAACUUGAUGAUACAAAUACCGCUUUGGUGAAUGAGCGUACCAAGUCAGAAGUUGGAAUUGUCAGUGCGACGAAACAUGAAGAUAUUCUAAGAAAGGUGGAGACACUCAAUGCCAUCACAGAUAGCAACAGGAGCCUGAGGGAGGAGCGUGAUCUGUUGCAGAGCAAAAUUAAAGAUCUCACAACUCACAUUACCACAGUUGAAUUGGAGUUGUUCCCAUUGCAGGAGAAAAAUCGGGAGAUACAGGCGAAGAUUGAUGAAAAGGAGGCUGAGAAUACAACACUUCGUGUAGAGGUCACAAGAUGGCGUCAACGUGCCAAUCAAUUGAUUGAACGCAGCAAUAAAACCAAUCCGGACAUUUACAAGAAUCUGCAGAAUGAGAGGGAGAGUCUAGCUAAGAUGUUGACGAAUGAACGAGAAAUUCUCAAGAAGACCACUGAGGAGUUGACAAAUAUCAAAAAUGACAAAUCUCGUGUUGACACAGAAGUGACAAAUCUGUCAAAACAAGUGUCAACUUUGACGGAAGAAGCCAAAAAACAAAAUGAAACACUGAGCAAUCUCCAAGCGACCAACACCAAGUUGAUGCACGAAUUGAUGGAGGUGAAGAAUUCAAUUCUCACCAAGGAAGAUGAAAUCAAGAAACUGAGUGAUGAGGUGACAGCUAGAGAUACCCAGAUGACAGAAGUCAAGAAUAAAGAAAUACAGAUUCGUAAGAUAGCCAAACGCUACAAGGAUCUCUAUUUUGAACUGAAGAACAAGGAAGAAGGGAAAGAAGGAGAAGCUUCAGAGGAGAAUCAGCAGAAUCUCAGCACAGAAGCAGGUACAUCAAAACAGGAACCUGAUCGAGCUCUCCAGGAUAAGAUUACAGAACUCAAUUCACAGCUAUUUGCGGCACAGGAAGAAGUUGAUACACUGAAGAAGGAAAAUGAAACACUUAAGCAAUUCCGCGAGAAAGAUGAUCGUAGUAUGCAGCAACUGAAGGAAGCCAAGGCUAGGAUUAUGACAUUGCAGGAAACCAAGGGAGUGAUGAACAGGGAAUUGGCAACAGCCAAGAGUCAAUUGCAGACUGUCGAACAGUCACAUGAUCUUGUAAUUGCAGAACUCAAGAGUCAAUAUGAAAGUCGACUUGCACGUCUUGAAAAGGAUUUGGGCGAUGCAAAGGAGAAUCAGGAGACAAUUUUGCGUCUACAGCGUGACAAUGAAGCAUUGGUGGUGCGAGUAAAUCAACUCCAUCGUCAGUUGCAGAUGCCUCAGGGUGCCAAACCAUCUACAAGCUCAAGCACCACCGAAAAGAAUAUAAGUGAAUGUCCAAGAACUGCCAAUGUUAAGCCAAUGGCUGGACCUAGCCAUCAGUCGGCUACAGUGACUCCAUGGAGAGGUGGAGAGACUCCUCUGGCCAGCAUUAGACCCAUGUCAGUGCAGAAUAGGACAGCAGCCGUACUUCCCACCAAUGUGGCUACUGUCCAGGGUUCCAGCUCAAGUGUGACAGCUCUCGUUCCGCCUCAGCAACAAGUUCACACAACAGGCAAUAACUCGGGUGAAGCCAUGUCGUCAUCUCCAACAAGUUCCCAUACAGACUACAUGCCUGCAACAAGUUCAGCAACUGUUGUUGUAGCUGCAGUUCCUCCAAUGGGAACUGCUUCAACGCCCGCCGAGAGCUCUCAGGAGGCUGAGAGUGUUCCUACGGGAAAUAAUGGAGAGUCCUCCUUUAGUUCAACUUCCACGUCUCAGUUGGUGGUAUCUGGAGGACAGCAGCAACAAGCUGUAGCUCUGGUAUCACCAAGGGUUGAGGGAGGAAGUUCUCAGAAUGUCAUUGCGCCUCAGGCAAUUGAACAGAGUCAAACACCUAGCACUUCUGGUACUUCGUCAUCUUCAUCGGCAUUGGGGAAUCAGGCCGUGAUUAUUAGUAGUCACCAUCAGGCGUCUUCUAGUAGUACGGUGACGACGACUCAAGCGGGAUCACAUAAGCGUCCGAGGGAUGUUGAGGGAGACAGUUCAACAGGGAAUGCUGAAGAGGUAGGAGAGAAAUCGCAGCCGCAGAUGAAGAGGACACGAGUUCAGGCGGGUGAGACAUUCCAGGGAGUUAGUGAGUCUGGGCUUGAUGUUGAGUAUCAGGUGCCGACUUCUUCUCAGCGUGAUCAAGAGGAUGACAUCAUUGUGGUGGAUUCGGAGGAGGAAGAAGAUGAUGGAAUGGCUGAUGAAGGAACACCAGAUGAUGGUCCGUUUGACGAUGAAGCUGAUGAGAUGGAAGCUUAUGAGCAGGAACAGGAGAUUGUGAAUUACGAUGAGGGAGAUGGUCCUGAUAUUGAUGAAGACAAUGUUCCAUCGGAUAACAAUGAAGUUGAAGUGGAUGACAGCAAUGAGAUUCCGAAUCAGUCGGGGAGUAGUUCAAGCAAUGGACAAAUAGCUCCAGAUGCAGGGAGUAGUACGUCACAGGUGGGUCAGAGUAGUCUACCGGAAGUGUCUCCUGAGCAACCCAUUGAAGCGUCAUCGGGUCAGAGUCAGACGGAAGGAGUACAGCAAAUCCAGACGAUCAGCAGUGGAAGUGAGCCCGGUUCUUCAACAUCCGUCGCGACUCCAAAUACUUCCUGGCGUCAGAUAACACCACAUUCGCGUCAGCAGCAAUCGGCUACGCAUCUGGUGCUCAUACAACAGAGUAGUUCGGGUUAUGAGCCAGAAACGGGAGAUGAAAGAAUUGUUCCCAGCACUCCGACACUUUUUGCCCCAAGGAGAGCUGAUGGUUUCAGUGAAGUGAUCAGUUCACCACAUCCUCAAGUCCCUCAUGCUGCCAGAUUCACCUUCACCGAAGCCUCACGACCAGGGCAGUCAGCCCUGGUGCCGGGAGGAAAUCUCGAAGGAAUGGAUGACACACAAAUUGAUCUGUCGCAACUGGAUGAAUCAAGCGCAACUACAACUGGACGAAGUGUUCCGAAUACGCCAAAACUCAUCUCGCCUCAUGACGUGGACUCGGCUGCUGGUGAGGGAUCAUCCAGCACAGCUCAGCAACAGUCAGCACAACAGUCGCAGAGUGGUCAGCAAUCGCAGGCGGAGCAGCAACAAGAGCAGCAACAGGAAGAGGAACAGCAGGAAGCAGUUGAUCUUAGGCAACCCGAUGCAGAAGCCGGUACAAGUCAAAGUCAGCCCCAAAUAACAAUUGAAGAACACGUGGAUGAUGAUGAGAAUGACGAUGAUGAGGAUGAUGACGAAGAUGAUGAUGAUGAUGGAAAUGAAAAUGAAUCUGAAAAUCUGGAUCAUACAGCAUCAACAUCCGAAAGAACCAAGUCUGACAAGGAGGAUUCCAAUUUACCGAGUGGAGAAGAGCCCGAAGGGACAGAUGGAGUGAGCUCGGAGGGAGAAAAGGCGCCUGGUGCUGAAGGAAUGGAGAUUGAGGAGGGGCGCGAAGCAGAAGCCUCCACGAGUAUUACAACACGUUCCCGAAGUGCAGGAAUGCAUCAUGGUGUUCAGCAGGUGGCAAGAAGGGCCACGGGGCGCAUUUCGCGCGGAAGGACGCCAAUUGUGUGGAAUCAAGGUGGUGGACGAGUAUUUUACUUGGCAGGUCGAGAUUCGAUUGGCGUCAGGGCACAGCCCAUGAUGCAGGAGCCCAAUUCGGUCAAUAGAAAUACGUUCCAACAGUCACCGCCACGUGGUCAACGUGGUAGACGAAUGCGUCGACCAAAUAGUGGAGGGUAUAUGAGGUACUAAAAUUUUCCACAUAGAUUUUAUGAUGGUAUUUGCAACAAGAAAAAAAUACUAGCACACACCCCCAAGAUAUAUAUAUAUAUAAUUUUUAAAAGGUAGAAAUGAUGUCAUAUUUUAUUCGCUAUCAUUCUUCUCUUUUUCUAUAAUUAUAUAUUCAUUCAUCAACAUAGAGAAAAGAAAAUUUAAUUUUACAUUUUUGGAGUAGUGGUGAAGAAUUUAGCAUAUAAUAAUGAGAAAUUGCAGAAAGAAAAAGAUAUGAAUUUCAAUAAAAUAAUGAAGUUUAAAUAAAUUACAUAAAUUUCAGCAUA